AUGGUCUUGCCAUCACCGUAUAACCCAAGGCCCAAUUCCAGGAUUAUCAACAAACUCGAGUCACCUCCGACCGCCGGGAUAUACACCAAGGUGUCAUCGAAGCCGACCAAUCACUCGAAAUUCACAGGUAAAUGUGGUCGACCAAAGUGUGAUGGGUGCCACAUCCAUCCUGCUUGCAAAUCCAGAGUCAAGGCUAAGGGGACCCAGAAGCUCAGGUCGUGCGACGUGGUGACGGAUCACCGAUUGGUUGCUUGGCGAGUGGUAGAUAACAGGGGAUGGGAACUGAAAUGUGCCGGAGUAUCUGCAACAGAAAUUCUGAAUCAUUUGUCAAAUGAUCUCUGGGACGAUGAUGGGGAAGUGGAAGACUAUGCUGGCGACGUCGAAGAACAGCAAGAGAUUCCGAUGAGGGAAAUUGAAGAAGUCAAUAAUGGGGUUGAAGAUGACGACGACGAUUGUAUGAGCUUUUGUGAUGUUGGGUUUGUGUUAGAACAGGUAGAAGAUGGUGACGAGGGCUGGUGUUUAGUGGGCGAGAUCUGA